UGUGUGUAUGCGUGUUCGUCCUCUUUCUUUAAUCAGAACUCGGACUGGAUCACAAUUCACGUUUACAUGCAAGACAUCGAAUAUACGAAGAAUACUUGAAAAGUUUAGAGAAACGAUACAGUAUUAAGCUAAGUGAAUCUGAUGUCUACAGUCCUUCAAUGAACGAUGAUUAUCAGAAUGAUUCCAUUGGAUAUGAUAUUCUACCGGAAAGUUUAUUAAUGUCAACCAGCACUGCUGCUGCUGCCACUGCUCCCGAUAAUGUUGAUUAUGUUGAUGAUGGUCUUUACUCCACACUGACAACAGGACAAACUGAUCAAUCGAUGUCAAUUUAUCAGAUGAAGACACGACAGAGUACAACAGAAGAGAAGAUAACCGCUAGAAAAUGUGAACAAGAGCGUGUACAGAAGAAAACAUUCACCAAUUGGUUGAACACAUAUUUAUGUAAUGCCAAUCCACCCUUGAAAGUACACGACUUAUUUGAAGAUAUCAAAAAUGGAAUAAUGCUGAUAAGGAUUUUAGAAGUUUUAUCCGGACAGAAGCUGAAAGCUGAGACUCGUCCUCAAAUGCAUAGAAUUCAUUGUCUGUCAAAUAUCAAAACUGGAUUGGAAUUUUUACAUUCCAAAAAUGUGAAAUUGGUCAACGUGAAUCCAACAGACAUUGCUGACGGGAAGCCAGCAAUUGUACUUGGUCUUAUAUGGGUUAUUAUACUUUAUUUCCAGAUCGAAGAACAAGAAGAAUUACUACUGAAAAUUUUAGAUCUUCCAGCUGGUUCACUAAAAACCAGAGGUUCGGCUAAACGUGCCUUACAAGCAUGGGUUCAAGAAAUUUUCGCAGGGAAAUAUGAUGUUGAAAUUCGUGAUUUCGGUCCAAGUUGGCGUGAUGGUAUCGCAUUCAAUGCUAUGGUGCAUAAUAUUGACUCAAGUCUUGUUGAAAUGGAUAAAGUUAAAACAAGAACACCUAAAGAAAACUUAGAACAUGCAUUCACUAUAGCUGAAAAACACCUGGGUAUACCAAGACUUCUUGAUCCUGAAGAUGUGGAUGUUGACAGACCAGAUGAAAAAUCAAUUGUCACUUAUGUUGCUCAAUUUUUCAAAGCAUAUCCAGACGCUGGAAGACGAAGACCUGACUCACCUACUAAAGCAGAUGUAAAAGUGAAAAUAGACAGUCUGAUGAAGUUUGUUCGAGAUUCUGAGUCAAAAAUAAGAACAGCUAGAUCUGGCAGAUCAAAUUUAAACGACCAAUAUCAGAUUUAUGAUGAAUUAACUACUGAAAAAGCAGAAAGAGAAGAAAUGUAUGAAUCCCUUAAAGAUCAAUGGUACUCUGGUCUUUUAUCCCAUGCUGACACACUAGUCAAUCCAAGUGAAGUAGAAAUUUUAGAAGAAGCUUGGAAUAACCUGGAUGACAGUAUCAACGAAUGGUUAUGGGAAAUGGAUGCAAAAGUACCUGGGGAACUUGGUCGUAUUUCAAGAUGGUUAUGCCAAGCGGAAAAAUGGUUUAAACAAGUUGGCCAGAAAUGGUAUCAAAAGUCAUCUACUACAGAGGCAGUCGGUUUCUGUGGUACUCAGAAAGAAUCAUGGCGUCCAUCGAGUGCUGAACCGGCGAAUUCACCUCCAUCAAGUGAAUUGUUAGAUAAAUUACAGAGUGAAAAAAUUGAGAUUUUCGGUACAAAUAAUCAUAAACUCAACUCUAUCCGUGACGAUUUACCCGGAACUAUUGCGAAUGAAAGGUCGACUGGUUUGCCUGCCUCACUAAUCAACCAGUUAGGUAAACGAUUGUCGUGGAUAACCGGAUAUGAACCAGGUAGCAGUGCAGUUCUUGGUGCGGCCAAAGCUCGCAGGACUUUCCUCGACAUUCUGUAUAAUAUUAAUCGAACAGAAACUAGUACAGGUGUACGCAUACGAAGUCGUCGAAGAGAGAGUGCUACAGGUUUUGAACAUCGUUAUUGUAACUGGUUAGAUCUUGUUGAUGGGAAUAUACAAAUGGAAACAAAGGAAAUGGUCAAUGGAAUUCUGACGGAUUAUCAGCUUUGUCUGAAGACUGAACAUAUUCCAGAGAAAUUAGAUCAGUGUAAAUGUGAAUUGGGAAAGCACAUGGGCCUACUGAAUAAAAUCUCUCAGUAUGAUGAUAAACUCCUACCGAAAAAUGCUUUGGAAGUAGUUCAACAAUGGCAGGACGAUUGUGAAGCAAAAUGGAAUAUUGAGAAGUCAAAUUAUCUUAUACAACUAGGCGAGAAGAUUAAACAACGUUUAACAGUAUGGGAUAAGCUCGAUCAAUAUAUGAGAAGUAUAGAAACUUCCCUAUCACAACUUGAAAGUUCAAAAGUGCUGCUGAAAGAAAGCGAUUGGUACAAUCAACGAGAUGAAAUUUUGAGAUUAUUACAAGAGGCCAAUGAAGCAGCGGAUUAUCUUGGAGAAUCAGCUGAUCAUCACCGAUUGAAAAUGUUCCAGAAAAGAAUUGAACAGUUAGACAUUGAAGUAAGUUGUGAACAAAUUUUUUUGGAAAUUUAUGGAAUUCUUUUCUGA